GCAUCCUUCUCUCUCUCUCUCUCUCUCUCUCCAUGGCUUCUUCUUUGAUGAGCUUCUCAUGUCUCGUGUACUUUGUCUUGCUUUUUCCGACCCUGUCUACCUCCCAGAAUGCCUUUGUGUGUUCUAGGGCCACCUUUUAUGGAAACCCAUACAGCCUAGGAACUGCAAGUGGAACUUGUGGUUUUGGAGAAUUUGGCAGCACUCUCAAUGGUGGCAAUGUUGCAGCUGUUUCUGAUCUAUUCAGGCAUGGUGCUGGUUGUGGUGCAUGCUACCAGGUCCGAUGUACAUAUCCAGGCCUGUGUAAUGAGAACGGGGUGACAGUUGUUGCUACAGACCAUGGUCAUGGCGACCACACUGACUUCAUCCUCAGUGGCAGAAGCUUCUCCAACUUGGCACUUCCAAACAUGGCUGAAGAGCUCAUGGCUUAUGGUGUAGUUGACAUAGAAUUUAAAAGGGUUUCCUGUCAGUAUCCAGGACACAAUCUGAUGUUUAAGGUGACUGAGCACAGCAACUAUCCAUACUACAUAGCUCUUACACCAAUCUACCAAGGCGGGAUGAAGGACAUAGUAGCAGUCCAGAUAUGGCAGGAGGAUUGCCAUGAAUGGAAGGAAAUGAGGAGAGCGUACGGUGGGGUGUGGGACAUGGCUAACCCUCCCAGAGGCCCACUCAACCUGAGACUUCAAGUAAGUGGAGAAGAUGGCCAAAAGCCAAUUAUACCACUUGGGCAAGUGAUUCCUGGUGAUUGGCAGUGUGGAGCCGUCUAUGACUCCAAUCUGCAAUUCCACUAACAAGCUCACACGCAUUCUUCAGAAAGACAGAUUGUGUCAUGCUCCUGUGGCACAUACGCCAUCAGUGAUCUUGUUGAUCUCUUAUCGUCCAUGUGUUCUGAUCAUUUCCUUUCAUCUUCUUGCUGAUCUCUAGCAACUACAUCAGUGUGUAGAACAGUGUUCCGUUCAGUUGAUCUUCUUGUUCGAUUAGAUUCAGUUCAUAGCUUGAAGAUUGGAGAUGAGAAUGUGUUGUUCUUGUGGGACGUUUUCUCGUUUAGAAUCUGUAAAAGUUUUCCUUUUCAUUUGAAAGAUGCUGUCUGUAAUUCAAUCUGCAACUCCACUAAUUACUGGAUGUUAAAAGGAAAAAUAAUUAAUGAGAUUAUAAUAGUAG